UGACGUUUUCCUUGACAUCAAUAUAUCAUCAUGAUGACAAAGUUGUCAAAGUUCACAAACUGACUUUCUCUUAGUUUUAAAAUGGAUAGAAAUCGUCACAUGUCUGUAAACAGCCCAGACGACGAAAUUCGAACUUUACUUUCAUCAUCAAAUUCGGAAAAUUUGCAGCAUAAAGAAGAAGGACCCUCUGCCUCAAGUCAAACAAGAUCAAAGCCAAUACCCAAAAAGAGUGCAGAAAAAGAAGCAUCACAACAAAGAACAAGACAACCAGUGAAUUAUGCAUCUAUCAAUAAUCCCAAUUCAGGAAGCCACGAAGACGAGAGAGCAUCUGCCAUUAUCAGUAGAUAUAAAUACUAUAACAGACUGGCACCUCAUGGCAGUAACAACUUUCUUAUGCCAGACCAUGUUGUUCCUCAAGUAUUUAUCAAUUAUGUUUUCAAACCAAUUCCUGGAGAGCAAAGUAGUAUUGUUACAAUAUUUUCUCUAUGGAACACAAUGAUGGGAACCUCACUGCUAAGUAUGCCUUGGGCUAUAAGACAGGCUGGGUUUGCCACAGGUAUUCCAUUGUUAGUAUUCAUGGCAGGAAUUAACCUUUAUACUAGUUACAGAAUACUCAAAACUUCACAAGAAUAUUCUGUAGAUGGACAGUUGGUAGAAUUUUCUGAUGUAUGUAAACAUUACUUAGGGAAGUGGGCACAGUAUCUAGCUGUGGUUUCCUCACUACUAACUCUACUUGGAGGUGCUAUUGUUUAUUGGAUACUCAUGUCAAACUUUCUCUACAAUGUUGUUUUAUUUAUUUGGCAUAAAGCUGAACAUGAUUCUUCAAAUGUUGGCAACAUGAAUAAUACAAAUCCAGACAUAGUGUGCAAUGUCCAUCAUCCAGAUAUGAAUCAUACCUCAUAUCCAUCUGGAUCUCAUACACAUGAAGAUAGUUUUGAUAAAAUAUGGAAUGUAUCUUAUACAGUACCUUUCUUCUUAAUACUCAUCUUAGGACCUCUAGUCAACUUUAAAUCUCCUACAUUCUUCACAAAGUUCAAUGCCUUAGCUACCUUAUCUGUGACAUAUUUGAUAAUCUUUGUCAUAAUAAAUGCUGCUAAAUGGGGAAUAAAUGUAGAGUUUACUGGAAAUGAGCAGCAGAUGUUUUAUGUCGCAGAUUUUAAAGGAAGUUUUCCUGCGUUGACUGGUAUAGCAGCUUUAGCUUAUUUUGUACAGAACUCUUGUGUAUCAAUAGUUAGAAAUCAGAAAUACCCGGAAAAUAAUAUAAGAGAUUUGAUUAUAGCCUAUAUAUUAGUGGCCUUUACCUAUAUAUUUGUUGGUGUUAUGUUUUAUAUAAGUUUUCCAAUGGAAAAAGACUGUAUAGAAGAUAAUUUACUAAACAAUAUGUCUGACACGUAUGUCCUGGCAUUUGUGGCAAGAAUAAGCUUAUUUUUCCAGAUGAUGUGUGUUUUCCCAUUGUUAUUGUAUAUAUUUAGAGUACAACUUUUGUAUACCAUAUACAAUACUGUUUGGCCAGGUUUGCGCCAUGUUUUGGUAUUGAAUGUGUGUAUUAUUGCAGUAUGUGUGGUGUUUGCAGUAUUUCUACCUCAUAUAGGAAAAAUUAUUGGAUUUUUUGGAGCAUUCUGUGGUUUUGCCUAUGCCAUUAUGUUGCCAUGUCUAGUACAUUUGACUAUACAACACAGAAAUGGAGAACAGUCUAUAUUAAGUACUAUUUUACAUUCCUGUCUCAUUGUCUUAGGAUUAGCUAAUUUUGUUGGACAGUUUUUAGUUCUCAAUGUAAAAUGAAGUGUGUGUUUCAAAGGACCUCAGGAAAUCAAGAGAAUGUUUCUUGGUCUUGGAGACCGUAAAGUGGAUUGUUCUAGUGGUGAUGAGUAUAAAGAUUUUAUAUGGAUUGGCAAUUUGAUAGUUGAAUUUGUAUCACUUUUACAUACUUUAUAAGCAUGCUGCAAAAUGUAUUGGACAAAUUUCUAAAAUAAUUCAAUAUUUGACUGUAUUAUAGCAGGGCAUUAAGUCAAGUAGUUAUCAAAUUGCUAUAUAUAAUUUGUAUACUGCCAACAGAAAACAACCUUUCAAAUUUUUUUUAAUUUUUGAUCUCCUACCAUAUUUUUUGUUUUACUUUUAGAUUUAUUUUGUUAAAUAAUAUAUUAAGUGUGUUAUGAAUGUUAUAUUGUACUAACUUGUGAGUGUGAGAGAGAGAAACCAUAUUUUAAGAAAUGCAAAUGAUUGUGUUAAUCUCAAAUAAAUUCAGGUCAAAAUUUUAGAUCCACAAUCAAUUUAACUGUAUUUUAUUUAGUUUAAGAUACUGUGAACUACAAAAUAUUCAAAAGAUAUGUAAUUUAGAUUCAUAAAUAUUUGUGUGCAUUUUAUAUUGCUAUUGUUGAUUUUUAGACAGAAAGGAGGGAUUAGUUAUUACUAGUUCAGAAAUUACUGGAUUCAAAUAAUACUAUACAAAUCUGAAUUGCUAUUAUUAUUUUUGAGAAACCUAUCCCACUGCAAUUUUUCAAUAAUCAAAUCAUCACAAACUUUAUAAAGUAAAGUAUUUUUAUUUUUUCCAUGACAGCUUAGCAACAAAAAUCUGUUGAAAACGGAAAAGCAAAAAAAUUUUUUUAUAUUUUUAUAUUAGUUGUUGAUUCACUAUCACAUUCUGUUAGUGUCUGUCCCUGGUCAGGAGCUUUUAGUCCAGUGGCUGUUGUUUGGUUCAUGUCUGUCAUAUUUAUUUUGGGUUUUUUGUUUGUUAGACUGUUGGUUUUGUUUUGAAUUGUUUUACAUUUUUCAUGUCUGGGCCUUUUAUUGCUUCCUACAUAUGAUACCUUUUUCACAUUGUUGAAGGCAAUAUGGUUGCCUAUAAUUGUAUACAUCCACUCCAUUUCAACUCCGGUGGAUAGUUGUCUCAUUGGAAAUCAUGAAAAAAUCUCCAUAUUUAUAUACUUGGCACAUUUUGUUUUACAUUUUAAAAUAUCCCAGUAUAUACUUUGAAUACUGUAAAAGUAUUUAAACAUGAGAUUGAUUUAAAUUAAUGGCCAGUAGAUGGGGAAUUUAGUAUUAAAUGGGGUUAUAUAUGUUUUAGUCUGUAUCUUAACUCAAGAGAUCAAGUCUUUUAGGACACACAUCAGCAUACCUCAUUUAGUUGUCAGAAUUAAUUUUUUUUUAUUUGUAUUUUGUAGCUUGUUAGGUUACACUGCCAUCAUAUUGGUUGUUUUAAAUUUAUGUAAUGUUCUUUCCAAUUGAAUCUAAUAUGACUAGACUCCCCUUACAUUGGCGGAUUCAAGGGGGGGUUCCGAGGGUUGGAACCCCCUUUUUUUUGGCCAACCAAUGCAUUUGAAUGGGGACAUAUAGUUGGACCCCCUUUGUCCUGGGUUGGGAACCCCCCCCCCCCCCUUUUUAAAAUGGCUGGACCCGCCCCUUCCUUAUGUAGCAUAGCUUCAAAAUUGCCAAGUACUCUGCUUUUUUAGAUAAAGUCGAAAAAGCUUUAUUGCUGUUACUUUCAGGACAUUGGUUUGUUCCUUUUUAAAUGUUAUCUAUAGUUACUGCUAAUAAAAUGAGAAUUAUUUUAACAAAACAUUCUGAUAGAUAUGAUUAUGUUUAGUCCCCUUUUAAAAUUAUGUGAGACUCCCAUCUCAUAACUCCCAAGUAGGAUACUGUACUCAGAAAUUUUUAUUGCGAGGUUUUUAUUUAUGCAAAUGAUGUGACCAAAUGAGUAUUUCAAUAAUAACUCCCAUUUGAAUUUGAUACAUAUAUCUGUAAAGAGUUUCCUGAAAUCACAAUAACUAAUUUGGCAUUGUUGUACAUUCAUAACAUAUAACAAU